AUGUUCUCGCGUGGCCAUCCAUGUCUGAGAAGGCGCCUCUCUGUCGUCUUGGACGCCGUCGCGGCCGGCCCCGAUGAACCUCUGCUGUUCCUUUACCCCCGGUGGGCAGCGUCUACCCACCGCCAUCACCGACCGAUCACGUCCUUGACGCCCGCUGCAGCUCCGGCGAAAACCUGCCGUGCCCCUUUUCGAACCGCCGUCUGCCUUCGUGUCCCUUUGCCGUCGUUACGGAGUCAAUCGUGUCAAUGGAUCUCUUCGAGUGCGGUUUCCCUCAGAAAAGCUCGCGGUAGUACGAAUGACUAUGUGGACUUGGUGGCGGAGAUUGGAGAUACGAAGUUUGAUGGAGGCAAGAAAGCUGGGGGAGACGCAGUGUCAGGUCAGGGUGUUGCUGCAGGGCCACAGCAGCCUGCCGAUCAUCCACUCGUUCUUCCCGAUGUCCCAUCGACUGAGCUUACACGGAUAAGAGGACGGCGCCGGAGGAGGGUGCUAGGGUCGCGAGGUCUUUUGAAGUCGAAGCCUAAGCCUUCGGUCGAAGGAAUAUCCGUUCGGGAUCAAAGGCUGUUACGCGCUAGCAGAUUUAUUGGGACGAGUUUUGAUGCAAGGCAAUCUGCCACGAGGCGAGGCAAAUCUGUACCAACAUGGCGCCAAGUCACGGCCUUUCUGAAUCAUCUGCAGAACAAGAAAAGAUUGAUACCGAGGAGGAGAUCCAAGCACUCGGAGAUCCUCAUCCCCGAAGAGACUGUGGGACUGCUGCUCGGUGUCUCGGAUCACUCUUUCAGGGAAAAUAUCUACUUCUCUUCUAUUCGCAACGGGUGCUGGGUCCGAAUUCUUCCACCAGCAGAAGGCGAUGGUUUCUCCCGCAAAGCGAUUUUGUCGGGCUCGGAAAAUGCCAAAGAGCUGGUGAAAGAGUCGAUCGCUCGCGCACAAUGGCUGCAGGCAGUCGGUGACCCACUCGUCGACAUGGCUAAGCCGCCCGCUCCUAUUAUCUCCUCGUUCCUUUUACUGAGCGAGAAGAAGAUAUACGGACCUCUGGUCCGUGGUGUUUGGGCUCGCGAGAAGCUUAGACCCCUGAGUCUGGAUCAGGUCCUCAAAUUCCGCCGGCCCAUUACUUCCAUGAAAAGCUUUUUGGAGCACAUCGAGGACUUGACUUGGGUGCAGGAAAAGUCGUCCGGAAAGCCUUCUGGCCCGCCUGGCGUUGCUUACAAGGAACUAGUUAGAGAGGAAUUGUUGGCAUUGUUUCAAGGAGAUGAAAACCGCAAGUAUUUCUCAACUGCGGCUUUGAAUUGCGCCCUGGAAUAUCUAUGCAAGCACGAGAUGCUCAGCUCUGUCCGAGAGGUGUUCAAUUCGGCAGAGCCAUUUGCUACUGUGGACAGCUAUAACAUCCUUCUGGAGUCGGCCGCGCGGCGCAUGGAUAGCAGCGCUUUCUACGCUUUCUUGAACUCUAUGCGACGAAAAUAUAUUCAUCCAACCACCUUAACAUGGAUCGCCUUGCUAAAGAGUAUGGUCACAGCUGCCAGUAAGGCCAACAUAAUCCAGUGCAUGGCGCGGAAAGGCCUUUUGGACGACCCUGGCACGGUUCAAACCGUUCUUCGUUUGACAAUCGAUGAUUCUUUACACCUGCAUUUGCAAAGUGGCAAAGGAGUUGAAUCUUUUGUUGAUUUGAUGGCUCAGACACAAGGGGCCAACUGGAUCAAUUCAUCGCUACUUAACCAGAUGAUCCACGUGAUUACUCGGAUGAAAAAUUACGAUGCCGUGAAACAGUUGCUGAAGGUCAGCCACGAUCGUAACCUACGGAUUGAAAGCAAAUGCCUCAAUCCUAUCGUGGUAAUGUUCCGUUCAAACAUCUACAACGCCAUGCAUUACACCGUCCAACUUUUAAACCGCGCCAGCUUCAGCCUCGAUAGCGCAACCUACGAACUCCUGUUUCUGGUGGCCUUUAAAGCUCGCCGCUACAACAUCUGCCGUGUUCUGUGGCACUUUGCCUGCACUGAAGACAAAGUGACCUACAAAAUGCGCCAAUGCGUCUUGACUUCUCUCUGCCGCAACGUCUCGGUCGUUUCGAACAACGACCAGAUUGGUAAUAUCUGGCGCAUCAGCGCUGGCAAUGUUAUCAGUGGCUUGGAACUGGGUGGCCUUCGCCGUUUCCCAGCGCAUAUCAUCAAGAGUCUCCCAGAUGAGUUCAAAGAGGAGCCACUCCUCUACCUGAACCGGCCCGGGUUUGUGCCAAUGGGCCCACGGCGUGAUCUCCAGCUCCAAAUAGCCAAUCUUGCCGUCCAACAAGAAAUUGAAUAUGGCCCUAGGUUCACAAUUGAUCUUCCCUUGGGCAUUAUGCUAGAAGCUGCGGUUACUAUGGAUCGUGAAUGGGCUAAUAAACCUUGGCCGUUGACCUGGUUAAAGCAAAAUGCCAUCCAGGUGCCAAUGACGUUGCAGGGGGUUAUUUGA